AUGGAUUCCUCUGAUUCGCAACGCGGUGCAGAAGGCGCUCAACAGCCCACGACGAUGGAUGCGGGCAACGCACCCUCGACUGACGUUGGCACAAUACCCCCUCCCAGCGAGCAUCCCGAUUCCAGACGCGACGCUAUAGCGGUCGAGUUGCCGACUGUGGUCGACUUGAAUGCGGCGAAUAUCCAAACUAGUAACGUAAAUGCGACGCUUGAACGGCAGUCUGCACCGAGCUCCCUGCCAAUGGCACACACCAGCGAUGCCAACAUGUCGGAGCCUAAUCAAGGCCAACAGCCAUCGUCGACGGGCAACGAUAGUAGCAUCAACGCAGACGACGGAAUGGUGUUGGAUAGCAUGGAGGCCAGCAGUAUCGACCCAGAAAUGCCCCCUCUAGAACCUCUGCCCGCUCUAUCUUCCAGCCUUACCCCAAACAGCGAUGUUUCGACCCCACCAGUGUCAGGUACCUCGACUCCACAAAGAGCAAAUAGACGACCGCGGGUAGAGGAUGAUGAGGAUGCGGAUAGAGACCGUAGGCACCCUUCGCAAAGAACUGGUAAUGCACAAAUCGCCCUCUCGUUGAACUCGGAAACCACUAAUGGCCUCACGCUCGUGUUCCGUCAUCCCUCAUUGAUAACUAUGUCGGGCCAUACACACAUUAUUGUAGGAGGACCUCAAAUGCAAACACACUUCGGCGGCGUGCCUUUCACUCUCUUCGGCCAUCACCAUAACCUUCGCACUGGCACAGAUAAUAAUAGCAGCGGGAACAGUAAUCCUCAAUCUAUCCCAGGCUCUGAUACUGCAGCGCCUACUGACUGGUUCUCACUGGCUGCCAAUAGUCCCAAUGGCGUCGCAAUAACGUUCGAUUUACUCCGUGGCGGCCCUCCUGUCGUGCGCCCUCUUGAUGCUAAUAACCGACCCGCACCCCAGGAUCACGACCAUGCUCAUACACAUCACGAUCAUCCCACACCGCCUUCUGCCGACCAGAGAGAUACCUCCGGGCAGGCAAACGGUGGAAAUACUAAUGCGACUGCCAAUCCUGCACCCCCGUCAGCGCCGCGACCCAAUCUUCGGGACUCCUUCGCUCAAACCCAAGAGUUACUCAGACAGGUGAGGGCGAUGACAGAUGUCCUUACGACAGCGCUCGGUGCAUUGGAAGGGGCCAGCGGCGAAGACAGGAGAAGGGGUAGGAUGGUUGUACGAGGGCUAGAAGAAGUGCCGGAAGGCUUGGCUCAGAGAAUGGAUGCCUUGAAGACGCAAGGGGAUGAGAGCGGUAUGGGGGGAUGUGCGAUAUGUUGGGACAGUCUUUUGGAGGAUGCCGGCUUUGGUGCAGAGGCUGAUCCUCAGGCAACGGCGCCCUUCGAAGCGGCACAAACUACAACUCCGAACCAAGGAGGGGCUGCGGCCACGUCCGGUGGAAGUGGCAGUCAAGCUGAGAUUCCUCAACAGCCCGCUGGAUCCUCGACGACGUCAGCCCCCCCUACUCCACUGACAACGACCGUACCUGAGGCAGAUGAGGAACCAUUACCAAAGAUUGUUGUUCUACCAUGUUCGCAUGCCUUCCACGCAUCUUGCUUGGUACCUUGGUUCUCGAAACCCAUGAGAACGACGUGCCCUACUUGCCGAUUCAACAUCGACCCAGAGGGAAUCAUCUGGGGAAUUGGACGAAGAGCAAGAGAACCAGCGGAAGGCGCUGCAGGGCCCGGCGGCAUUGGCUUAGGAAACUUGGGGGGUAUGGCGGGCAUGCCAUUUGGACCGUUCGCCCUUCCGCCUGGCUUCGUGCAAACUAUGACAACAGAUCAGGCAGGUGCUCCUCAUGGCGCCCCACCCCCUCCAGCAGCCGGCCGCCCGCCAUUGAUGCUGAGUGUUAACGGAACUCAAGUGCCACUAGUGCUAGUAGAUGGCGGUAAUGGCCCAAAUGCUAACGCAGGAGCUCAGAGGCGGUCGCAGUCCGUACCAAGGCGGCGUACCCAAUCCCUUCCGCGUGAAGGCGCCCCCCAGUCUGCCACUACAGAUAAUAUAGACGCACCUGCCGAUAACAAUGCGACUGCCAAUGCCUGGGCACGGGGCCGAGGACUUCCUCAACUUCCACCAGGCGCUUCCAGAACUGUAUACCACGCCCAUCUCCCGAUAGGCGGUGUCGACGUCGUAUUUGAUGUCAUCCCUGUAGAUGUUGGACGCGUCCCGGGACUAAAUCCUCAACAACCACCGAGCGGUCAACCAGCAACUAACGAGCCUGCUGGUGACAACGCUCCUGGCCCUGAAGCACACGAGCACAAUCAUGUACAUCAUCAUCAUGUCCACACGCAGCAUUUCCAUCUCGACAAUCAUGUCAUAGACAUGGAUUUCGGUGCUCCCGACGACUUCGCCAUGGAUUUGGAUCUUGACUUGAGCAACAUGGCCCAACAAGAUACGCAAGAUGCAGCAUUCUUUGAAGCACUUAGAAAUAGAGCAUCGGAUGGCGUUCUAUCAAAUACUCCGGCAAAUGCCCCGCAGGCUAAUCCCCAACCUGCUGCAGCAGUCAAUAAUAUCAACACCGACAGUAUACCACCCCAGGAACCGCAGCCAGCACCGCGUGCCCAUCGCCGCCACCCUCGCGGCAUGGGCAUGGGUUUCCUACAGCAGUUAUUUGGCAACCUGCUGCCAACGAGCAAUCCUACUGUCCCCAAUGCCUCCAAUGCCACGAACGCAGGAGGUACGUCCCCGGCACCAGCUCCUGCCACUACAAAUGCAAGCGCCGCUCCUCAAACCAGUCGAGCGUCGUCGGACCAACGGCAGUCCAAUGGUAACAGUCCUCGCGGCUCGCUAGGCGAUGUGAUCAUGCGCACGCUUGGAACAAUGGCAAACCAUGUUAUGCCCGGCACGCCCACCAACUUAGCCACGCCAGGAGAGAACCAAGGGACAUCCUCGAUGCCACCUUCAGGUGCUAACAUUCCCAAUGAACUCCCUCCCCCACAGGUACAGCCCCAGGACGCCGAACAAGCUGCUGCGAAUGGCUUGCCAGCUGGAGUACCAGCUCAGCUUGCGCAGGCGUUUGCCCCAGCUCCGAAUAAUCCAGGUGCCAACUCCGGUGAUGCUCAGCGGCCACGAACGACAAUUGACGAAUUCGUCCAACGGUACGAGGCGUUACUUGGACCGCUCCCCCCUCUUCCCAGCUUCGAGGAAAUGGCCAGAGAAUACCAACCGCUCUUGGCCCGAUUCGCACACCAGGGACAACCCCAAGCAGAAGCUCAGCCCACCUCCAUUCCAUCAGCAAACCCUCCAGGAACUACUGCAACGAACGCCCAAGCUGCGAACCCAACGCCAUUUAGGUCCCUUGUUGACCUCUUCGGGAUCCCUCCUGCUCAACCAGCGGCUGAUGGUACCACCCAGCCAGCUGGUACUCAACGAGACCCUAAUAGUCCCCCUAACAUCCUCGAUGGGUUCCCUUUGUUGGCAGGACUCCGUUCAAGGGCUGCUGGUCAACGCCCCUCCCUUCGUGAGACGAGGAAGUGGUCACCACCGCCGGCCCCUGGCGCGACCCUCCGUCAACGGGUAGAAAAGAAGGAAAAGGAAGCUGGCCUGCGUUGUGACGAUGUCAGCUGUGGUGUAGGACCCUCAGACGAGGACCCUGUUGUGACGAAGACGAUGAGCCAGUUGUCCAUCCAUUACCUUCCCGACCAUCUACCCGCGACCGAAGUUGGCAGCAAAGUCUGCGAACACACCUUUCAUCCUUCCUGUUUAGUCAGCGCAGAACGGAUCGCUUCUCAAGGGCAGGAUGAGCAUGUGGAAGGUGAUGAAGUAGCAGUUAUAUGUCCGAUUUGCCGUCAUGCUGGAGCCAUAUCAAAGGCGGACUGGGAUCAAGGCGCGGCAGUCGUCUUGUAG